CAUUCAUGUAUGCGCAUUUGUUGAGUUGUUGAGCAAAGAAGAAAGAUGUCGACCAUUAGUGGUGGAGCAUUUGGCGCAGGGAAAGCAGGGGCUCCUUUCGACCCCGUUGAGUACGUCAAGAAACCUCAAGUUAUUCUGAGGCUUCUAAGUGUGCUCUUUGCUAUUGUGGUGUUUGGGUGCAUCUCCUCAGGAGGAUGGUAUGGUCACAGGUGUAUCAUGAAUGGUGACGACAAUGCCUGUGGUUACGGUACAGGCAUAGGUGUAUUAGCAUUCCUAAUAUGCCUAGGAUUCCUCAUUGUUGAUGCAUUCUUCGACAAUCUGAGCAGUGUACAGCACCGGAAAUAUGCUGUCCUUGCUGACCUUGGUAUAUCGGGCCUGUGGACAUUUUUAUGGUUUGUGGGUUUCUGCUACUUGACUGAUGCUUGGCGACGCACGGACAAAGACUCAGUGAAGCACGGUCGGGACAAUGUCCAAGCUGCCAUUGCAUUUUCCUUUUUCUCAAUUUUCUCCUGGGGAGCUCUGACAUUCUUUGCUGUGCGUCGCUACCGUCUUGGGGCCCAAGAAGCCUUUGCCUCUGGUUAUGACCAGGACCCGAAUGCGUCUUCCCCGUACAGCUCGUUCCCCGGAAGUGACACUGGUGACCCCUAUCAACAGCCGCCAUUCAGCCAGCAGAAGGAGACACCAGACUAUCAGCAGCCGACAUACUAAGCUUAAGCCAAGCUUUUUAAAUGAGAGACAUAAAGAUGCAGUAGAAAAAGUGAAAGCUUUUGCCAUUAUGGUCUGGAGGGCAGACUGCAAAGAUGCAACAUAUAUAAAUGUGGCUUUAGAAAAGAUUAAUAGAACAAUGCUUUACAAAUUUUCAAAUUUCAUCCAUUUCAUGUGAUUAAAUCUCAAAUCCCAUUAAAACUGCUUCGAGGCUUUGUGCAUUGUAGCUCUAGAAUUGCACGCGCAUGAAAGAAAACUGCAAAAUUGGGAGUUUCAAGUAAAGGAAGUGAACAGAAAGAUGAACUGUAUUGGGGAGCUGUUUCCCGUCUCCCGUCUUUAACGAAGAUAUUGAAUGCAUCAAAUCAGUCUGUCCGAAGUCAGUGGUGAGGAAGAAACUCUACUGAAACAGGGAUCAGUUGUGUGUUAGACAAUAGAUGUGUCAUGUGUAGUUGUUUGCAUCUAUCUUUGUGUGUUUGUGUUCCUGUGUGUGGCAUGGUGUUAGACUGCAUUCUCUAGUAGUUGCUACAGAAAGAUCUGUGUAAGAUUCUUAGCUAGCAAUGCUAUGUGUCUGUUUACUCUUAACUCACUGACGCCCUCCAACUUAAGCAGCAAUGUUUAAAAAUAUUGCUGGGAUUGAACUUUUCAAAUGUUUUGUCACAUAUGAAGGGUAUAGGGAAUAUGAUCACAUUGCUCUGCUGUUGGUGCAAUUGUUAUCAGCAAAAAAUUUUCUGAACUCAAUCUGAAUGUUCAGACUGUUUAAACAAACCAGGUCUAUCGACUGUUUAGGAUGAGGUUUUUUUUCCCCAUAUUCUUGCAGGCAGUCCUUUUAAAAAAUUAUGUUAAAAGUUUCCUCUGUGACCCCAAAAACAUGUGACACUAAAGGGCUCCAACAAGGAUUUUAUGAGAGGAGAUAAUUGAGGUUUACAAAGAACUAACUUUUGCUUUGUGUCUUUAUCGUUUAGCAAAAAAGUGCAGGAAGCUGCAACUGCUAUGUCGAAGGAUGUGAGUGAGUUAACCACCUAGAGUAAUGUGUAUUGUGCACCACGGUUGUUUGUGUGCAUGUUUGAAGUUUGUUAAUGAGCAAGUGGGGAUUCUUUUAUCAUCACAUUUGCUUACUUUCUUUCCAUGUGAUGAGUUGUUUUUGUAUACAUGGCUUUGUGAGUUGAAAUGUCACUUGUUUGUUUAUGGCAUUAUUUACUUUAGUAAAACAUUUUGUUAUGGUGGAAAAUCCCAACUUCAGUGCUAAUUGCAGUGUAAGUGCUAUCUUUUUUAGAUAGAAUAACCCCCCCCCCCCCCCCUUCCUCUCUCAAAUUGAGAGCAGAGGGGAACAGCAACUAUUGUGCUCUUGGCUUUAAAAAAAUUUUUUAAUUAAGGAACCCUUUCUCUGUCACACAGCUUUCAAUCCUUUAGUUGUGCAUUGAUCGGUAUUUUUUCUUUGUAAAAAGAGAAAGAUGUUUUCUCUUUGAUCUGAAUAAAAUGGAGGAGGCCAUUGGCUCAUAUUAUUUUCUUGUGUACUCCUUAAGUGCUGAUUUUGUAGGUUGGUUUCACGUAAUCUCCUGUUCAAAGUAAUCUCCAUUUUUGUGCACUUUAUUUCAAUUUUAGAAAGAAUUUGAAUAUUUUGUUUUAAUGCUGCGUUUGUUAAGAGUAUGAUUCCAAUUAAAUUUUGUGAUUUUUGCUUCUACUAGUAACGUGCCGUUUUUAAAGAUUUUUAGUUUUUUUAUCUUCAAGGUUUUUGAUUUGAAUCAAAAGUAUUUACAGAACUGAAUUAAUUCAAAAGCCAUUUUAUUUGCGGAUGUGUCUGAAAAUGGAGUUUGGAUAUUAUUGAAGUCUGAAAAGCAGAACUCCCUACAGAUGUAUUGAGCGGGAAAAUUUGCCUCUAUAGAGAAUGCUGCAUGUGUGCCAUAUGCUCAAGAGCAUGAAAGACACUCAGAGAAAGAAAAAUUUUAAUAAAAUGGACCUACAUACCAUCAAAUGUCAUACUUCCAUUUGUUUUGUUGGUGCAAUAACUAUUUUUUGUCUCCCCUAUUCUAGUUGUUCUGUGUAAAUAGCAUAUCAAGUUGGGACAUCAGCUGAUUACGAUUGUGUCCCUCUUGUGUGAGGCUUUUCCUUUUCAUUUGAAACACUGCAUAUCUCAUUAGCUUUUUAAAACCCGAAAGUAGUCUGGUUUUUAUUAUUUUUUUUCUACUUGUUGUUCUUUUGGGGCCCUUGUCAUUUCAUUUUUUAAAAUCCUUAAUUUGUAUGGCACUGACUUGGAGAUUCGAAUAAGUUUAUGUUGCUCCCUUUUUAUUGCAUUAGCUUUUGUCGAACUUUUGUAUUGGUACCUGGGAUUUUUUAAAAUCUUUUUUUUUCAAACUAUACUCUUUAUAAUUUGUUGUCUCUUUCACAUUUGAAGGUUAAUAUCUUAGUCGACUUCUUAGUUUAAGACUCUGCUAUGUACCAUUAUGAAAAGUAACAUAAGACGGAUGCUUGCACAGAGCAGUCAAAAAGCAUGUAGAGUAGUAAUGUGAUGUCAACAAAUGUUUUUUUUUUUUUUAACACCAUAAAGCCUAGCACAAUGGGGUCUGUAGCUGGGGCCAUCAUGCUCAUCCGAUGUCCAUCGUCAUGAUCUCUCUUUUGUGACCAGAGAACUUGGGAAGUGUUGUGAUGGGCCCAUUGCCCAAUAGGUGAAAACCAGAUAUGUGUUAUAGUAUGUGUGCAUGUGUGAGGAGCAUUGUGGUCACUUGGAGAAGGAACAUCGCUGCUCUCUGGUAUUUCCCACUGGGCUUUUUUUUUUUAUCGUCGUUGAGCAUUUCUGUGAUUGAUGACAAUAAUACCAUUUUAUGAUGAGAUUUCUUUUGUUCCUCGUUGUUCUCCUUGGUUUUACAAAGCGUUGUGUUUUCCGCCUCACAAUGUUAUCCAAAUUGACGUGUGUUACUGCAGUCAGAGAUGAUGUCAAGAGUUUUAAAUUAAAAUUAUCAUCAUUUUUAGAAUUGCAUCUGUUCCUUUUAUUUUUGUGUCAUGAUAUGUUUUAUUCAGUCUAUCCAUCCAGAAGUUUGUGUUGUGCGUCUCAUAUUGACACUUUAACAUAAUAAUUUUUUAAAACAUCUGUUACUUUUAUUUCUUAUUGCCACCUUCCUUUAUAUUUUGGUCUUACUACCUUAGCCCAUGUAAUCUAUAGUCUGUUGAAUGCUUCUAUGGGACUUAUGGAAACUUUUUUUUUUUUUUUUUUUGUGCAGCUGAAUGGGCUUACAGGGAUAUUUGUGCUUUAUUUCUUGUGCCAGUUGGCGUACAAUUGACAGAUCAUGAUAUCUCAAUGUCUGGGUCCCAAUGGAAUGGGUAGAAAUGGACACUACCUUUUUUUAUAAUUUUUUAAAAAGUGAGUCUCAUAACUUGUCUAUUCAAAUGUGAAACGUUGUUUUCAGUGUAUAGAAUUAUUUUAUAAUUCAACGAGAUGAUAUUAUUUCUCAACGGAUAUUUUUUAGGUAUCUGUAAUGCCUUUGAAUAGGCAUAAUAAAAGCCUGCUAAGUAUUAAUUACCGAAAAAUUAAACCUUAUUUGUACUUUUUUCAAAAGCAAAUAGUUAAGUCGGGUAUAAAGUUUUGUGUUGAUGUUGGUCUGUCCUUGUACUAUUUAGUUUGUAGGAGAAAGCACUUUAGUCAUAUGUCGUGUUUAAGACUCGAGGUUACUUACUACAGAGGCACAACAGGUCUUUGGUUACAGAUUGGAUUACUUAAUAGCAGCGAUUCCUUGAGAAAAUGUUUUAUGAUUAUGGUGACACUAAAAUGAUUAAGUGUUGUUUGAGCCAUAACAUUUAUUGAAUGGCAUCAUUCAAAGAUAAUUGCAUCUGUAGCAGUUUGCAGGCUUAUUCAAUUGGAGAUAUGGAGUUCGUUUUGGGGGAUCUCAUUGGGUUUGGGGUUUGUUUAAAAAAAUACACAUUUCCUCUUUUACUUGUAUUAAAGCUGAUCAUAUAAUAGAUUGUUUUUGUGUUUUAAAAAAACAAUUUUUCAUGCUAAGUAAACAGUAGUAUUCAUAUACUUAUGUGGGUAUGCUAAUUUGUCUUACUAAUGAUUGUACUGAGUUGAAAAUACUAAUUGCUUUGCUUUACUUUGCUGACUUGGAUGAGUUGUUUUGGUGUUUUUUAAAAAACUCUUGUGGUUACUUUCAGCCACCAAAAACAUUUGCAAUAUUUGGUACGACAGAAGUGUAAGUGUGCGAAGAAGAGUGAAUGACUAUUUAUUUUUUAUGAGGAGAUUGCUACAAGAAACUGCUGCGUGGAUAUAUGAGGGAAGAUAAUAACAAACAAACUGUGCAUGAAAAUGUAACUCCUUUAUUUCUAUCCUGAUUUGACUGUGAUCUGCUGUGUGACUCAUGGUUUGGAUGUAUGCUGUUUUUUGUGUGUGUUUUUUUUCACCCUCAUUCCACCUAGCCAGCUCAUCAUUUAUAUCUGCACCUAUGACAUUCCAUGGGGAUCAUUGAAAAAGGGGCACAAGACAGGCCUACUUUACUGUUUUAGUUCCCUGUAUUGAUUCAUAAUCAGUUGUGAAAAGUUUUUCUUAUUUCCUUUUUAUUUGGCCAGGUUCUGCUUAACUUGGUCUGUUCUACAUGAGUCCUCUCUGGUCCUGCCAAAGAUAGUCUUUGACUUAAUGAGUAGACAGUUGGAAUCUCUUUCAGUCUUUUAGAGACACUUGGGAUCUCUUCUAGUCUUCUAGAGAAGGUUGGGAUUUCUUCUAUCCUUAACAGUUUGCAGUCACACAGCCAGCAGUACAAAAUACCACAUCUGGUCACUCAGCCAGGAGAGCGAGUGCAAUGGACUUUUCGGGCCCGGCACAGAACUGCACCAGGUGACCGGAACGGAUAAUUUUCACCUGCGCAUUAUUGCACCAAAUGACAGCAAAGUGGUAACCAGGAGAUAGUGGGGAUUUCUACUACCCUUAAUUAGGCAACAGCGGGGGCCUCAUUAUACCCAUAAGUUGGAGACCCAUCUUUGCAGUGAGAACAAGCUACAUCCAGUAUCGUAUAUGUACUGUGGGAUAUACCCAAGUUCAAUUUCUGGUUUUUAAAGUUAAGUAGAUAAGAAAGAAUACUAAUGUGUUUUUGCUUUUGCCUGUUGGUCUGAGCUGUUCUUUAAUUUUGACUCUUUGAAUUUAAUUCAUAUGUUAUACUGUUUAUAUUUCAUUUGUUUCAAUACAUGUUGUUCUGAAUUGUAGGUACAUGUGUCAUGCUUUCUUUUCGAUGCCUUGUAAGUUUUUGAAAAGUGAAACACCGAAGGGAUAAGUUGCAUACUGUACAGCUGUAUGUAAACUUUCAAUUGGUUUAUCUUUCUAUGGAUCUAGGUGUUUCUCCUCAGUUUGCUAAUUUUUGCAUCAUUUAUUUUUUAGGUCACUGGACUUGUGCCCCAUCACUUGCAGUAUACUUUUGCGCUAACUUUUUGUGCUCGUGUUGCCGUGAAACCUGCAGUGUCCUUUCAGGACCACAGAAACUUCGGAAGGGUUCUGUUUUUAGAUCACUUUUGUCAUGUCACCCUGAAGAUCAAAUGCUAACGUUACAAAUGAUGUAAAAUGAACAUCAAGUUUUAUGUUGUCCCGCCCUUCCCCCUCCUAACAUUGACCAGCCUGUUUGUCUAUCUAUAUUAUGUAUCCCCCUUCUCUAUAUCUCUUUUUUCAUGUUUUCUGUCUGUCAAUACUUUUCCUGUUCUGUUUGUCUUUUUUCUUUUCUUCUUGUUUUACCUGUCUCCUUCUUUUAGUGAUCUAAACAUAAUAUGUGGAAACAUAUUCAGUCCUAGAGUUUAUGCAGGUUUUCAACUUUCUAUUUUGAAUUUGUCCUUUCCGGACAAAGUAGGAAGGUACAUGGUUUCUUUGUUUCCUUUGUACCACCUUGUGUCAUGAUUGUUAGCAUGUUGUAAUGCGUAUAUAUACCAACACGUAGCAAAUGUGUGGACUAGAAGUUUUCUCCUUUAUCGUCUCUGGGACAUCCUUCUGAGACGAAUUCAUAACUUGGUUGUUGUGAUCAUCAUUGUCAAUGUAGUUUUCAUCAUUAAACAGACAAAACACAA